GCUCCGUCCAUCUAUCCGUUAAUUCCCUCUCUCUCUCUCUCUCUCUCUCUCUCUCUUCUGCAACUCUUCUUCUUCAUUGAACAAUCUUUCUUCGUUUCAAACAAAAAUAAGGGUGAAAAAAGUAAUUACGCACAUUCAUUUUCUUCGCAAUGGGAAAACUUCUAUGUGAUUCAACCACCGUCGCCGCCGAACCGUUUCAAGGCUCACCGGCGUCGGCGCUUCCUUGGAUCGAUUCCAAAUCGCCGACGACACAAAUGGACACCAUCGGAACCACCGUAGAUCUCGUCGUUCCGGUCAAUCUCUCCGCCGACGCUUUCACCGGCGGCGGAGGCUGGGAAGAUGUUGUUGGUUUGGAAGACAUUCAAAGACGUCAUCUUCAACGUCUUCAUGCAAAGGGAGUUCUAUGGAAGCCACCGGCGACGGAGGAUUCAUCUCCGUCAGAUCUGAGAUCUGUUGUUUUCCGGCUUUCUCACGGCGGCGAGGUGGAAUCUGACGGAAACUGUUUAUUCACGGCGUCGAGGAAGGCGAUGGAAAUGGAAGAUGUGGAUGCGAAGGAGCUGAGACGGAGAACGGUGAAGAGAUUUUUGGAGGAUUAUGGAUCUGUGAGUUUUGAAGAAGGUGAAGCGAUUGAUGAUGCGAUUCGGCAUAUGUAUUCGCCGGAUCUGAUGUUUGGUUGGGGUAUUCAUGUUGUUCAAGAGGUGAAGUUGUUGGCGAAGAAGGAGGAUCGGUUUUCUCUUGAUUCUGCCAUUGACGAACUCGUUCACCUCGGCAUGCAAAGAGAAAUGGCUGCGGAGUCUAUUUACAAAGAAAGAUGUAUUCCUGUGAAUGAUGGUCAAACUUGGGCCAAAUACAUGUUGAUCUCAGGUUCACCUGAUGAUGAAUAUGAUAUCAUCACUUUGCAAUAUACUGAGGAGGGUUUGUUAUCUGUAGAUGAGAAUAGAGAGGGUCGUGCUGCAGCUUUCGGAGAUGAUAUUGCAAUCGAGUGUCUUUCUACAGAGUUCAAGCGUGAGAUAUAUGUGGUGCAAGCGCAUGGUUCAGAUGCAAUGGUUGAUGAAGAAAAUUGUGUGUUUUUCCUUCCACAUCGUCCAAGGAGCGAAAUUGCAGAACUUCCCUUCUUCCUUUUCAUGAAAGGAACAGGUUGGUGUGGUGCUGGAGCUGACCACUAUGAGCCCUUAAUUGCUCAUCCUUCUGCUGUUGUUUCCCAAGAAAAGGUUGCUGUGGUACUGUGAGUGUGAGGCUUUCUUAGCCUGCAAUUUUGUGGAGUAGAGGAUUAAGUAGAAUUAGAGUUUCUUCGACCCUAUUUAUGGCCACUCUAGAAAUGUUUGGCCGCCAACAAUCUGGUUCUCCCAACGACUGGAUUUGGUCCCAAGGAGAACCUCAUUGUGUCACAUUUGUUUUGUUACUGACAUUUAGAAUCAUUCAUCUUUGACUCUCUUGACAUUUGACAAGCAGGUUUUGCUUGCGGUUUGCGCUACGCCUAGAGUAUUGUAUUAGUUUCACCGGCUUCUGUUUUGUUGUUCUUGUUAUUGAGUUUCUUAGAGAGGUUUGUGCCGUCUAGGUAGCGUGUUGUUCAAAUUGAAGAGUUGUUGUAUCUCAGUGGAUUUCGUCACAGUAAUGAAGUGGCUUACUUUCUGGACUUCUAUA